AUGAUACUGGCAGAACCAGACCCAAUCAGCUCCGGCCCCAAGAGCAAUCUCGACCUCAUCGCUGAAUGCGACAACUUUCCCUACUACCAAACCGAUCCCAAGCUUUUCUUUGCACACGUCAAUACCUACUAUGCCUUAUACGUCAAAGACCACCCCGAGGUAGAGCUCGGUUACCUACUCCCAAGCGUGACAGAGGUGUUUAGAGGUCUGCCGGACUGGAAGAUCAACGAUGAAGAUCGAAGUCUGACGUUGGUCACGGGCUCGACAGAGCAGGAACGGAGCAAAGUUGUGGGUGCCACGAUACGUGCUAUGUAUGCGACAGGUCACUUCAAAGUGCUAUCAAAAUGGCGGGAUGAGCUGUAUCCUGUCUAUGGGCCGAAAGGGCAGCUAUUGUUCAGCAUGGAGAGAUCUGCGAGCGCGUUGUUCGGAAUCGUGACGUACGGCUGCCAUAUGACGGCGUACAUCAAGGGGAACGAGGCAAAAGAGCAGCAAAUGAGGAUCUGGGUGCCAAAGAGGGCCGCAAGCAAGAGCACGUAUCCUGGCAUGCUGGACAACACUGUUGCGGGUGGUAUUGCGACGGGAGAGAGUCCAUUCGAGAGCUUGGUCAGAGAAUCUGCAGAGGAAGCAAGUCUGCCAGAGGAGAUUGUGCGGAAGGGGGCAAAAGCCGCUGGUACAGUGACAUAUUUCCAUAUCCGCGAUGAGAGAGCGGGUGGUGAGACGAGGCUACUGCAGCCAGAGUGUCAGUAUGUCUAUGAUCUGGAGCUUUCGCCAGACGUGACGCCGAAGCCAUCGGAUGACGAGGUGGAGAGCUUCCAGCUGAUGACAGUGGAAGAGGUGAAAGCUGCAAUGCGGAACGGUGAGUUCAAGCCGAACUGCGCGCUGGUAUUGCUUGAUUUCUUCAUCAGGCAUGGGUAUGUGACCCACGAGGAUGAGAACUAUAUCGAGAUCGUCGCGAGACUGCAUCGGAAGCUGGACUUCCCUACGCCGUGA